CAGCGAAUUACUUACUGGAGCAAUGGCCGCAUACACCGCAGCCAUAGGGAGGGAGAGCGACACACUCACGCACACACAGGCGGGACCGUCACAAUGCACACACACACACAGAGACGUCUCGCUCCCCUUGUGUUGACGCAAACAGACAGAAUCAAAACACACACACACAAACAUCAUGGACACCAGCAGACAGCCCUCCAAAACACCACACACCUCACCGAACCCUGCAUGCCACUCAAAUGCGUGGGGCUCCGCAUCUCACGUCAUCCGCAGCGACCUGAAGCUCACCCUGCCAUCCCGCCCCUUCUCGACCCACCCCACCGCCCCCCACACCACCGCAGCCACGUCCUUGGUGAAGCCGUUGUCAAUGUCCCCCACCAGCCCCCACUUGGCGGCCUCGUCCAGGAUGGCCCGCUGCACCACCUCACGCAACUCCAUCUUGCGGCCACCCACACCGCCCACCACAAAGCACUGCAGCUGCGGCACACGCACCACCUGGCCGCCCACCUCGGCCGUCCCACCCACCGCCUCCCUGUUGCUGCUGGCCUGAUACACUGCCGACUUGACGAAGUGCUCCGCUGUGGCACACACACGGCGGGCCAUGUCGGUGUGCCGCACGCCGAUGGCCUCACCGAUGGCCUCCUGGGCGGCAUCCAUGUCGAAGAGGUAUGACGCGAUGCGCCAGCCGAAGAUGGGGGCCUCCUGCGGGCCGACGGCCAGCCGGGGGGUCAGGAGGGCCGCGAGGGAGCGGUGGGGGGCGAGGGCGGCGGUGACGGCCGCCAUGACGGCAGUAGGCACCUCGUUGAGCACCGUGGUGUACUCGGCCAGCACCAGCUGGCGGCGACGGCGGUCCCUCUCUAUGGCUGUGGGGAUGGUGGUGAUGGUGGUGAUGCUGGUGAUGUCGGCCCCCGCCCGCAGCAGGCUGCGGAUGAUCAGCUUGAACUUGCCACUCUGGGCGCGAUGCCGUUCCGUGGUGGCCUCGGGUGUGUUUGGGUGCUGCAGCUGUUGGGUGCGGCAGUAGAGCUCGUAGGCAGCGACGGAGAGGGGUGUGAAUGACGUUGUGAGUGUCCGUCUGUCGAUCUGGUCAGCGGGCAGCUUACGGCAGAGGUAGUCGGCCACCUUGGGGGAGCCAUACGCUGCCGCGCGGUGCAGUGGCGUCCAUCCAAUGCCAUCGGCUGCCGUCAUGUCGGCCCCGUUCGCCGCUAUGAGGUCGAGGUAGGCGUCGAUGAAGGACUGGGGAUAGUGCGCAUUUGAGUUGAAGGCUGCGUGGCGCACCGGGGUGUAGCCAUAGCGUUCUUCGGUGGCGAGGGUGUGGUCUCGUGCGAUGAGUUGCUCAUACAUCGACAGCAGCAGCUGCAGAUACUCGGGGGGAGGCUGACACAGGGUGAGGGGCAGCGCCAUCACCGUGCGUGAGCCUGGUGGGCGCAGGUCGAUGUCGUGACGAGCCGUCAGCACGUCGAAGGCCUCCUGGUUGCCGCAUCGGAUGGUCACUCGAAGGGACGUCUGCCCGGUCUCAUCGGCUUCCGCAUUGGGGUCGGCUCCUCCGUCGAGGAGUGCGGUGAAGAUCUCCGCCUGCAGCCCAGCAGACGACCACCGUGGCGGGGCGACGGGACGGCAAGCAUCAUCGUCUCCUGCUUCGAUGGUCAGGACGGUGUAGUCCGACUUGUUGUCGAUGACGAUGGCGAGGAGCGGGUAGGGGAACCCACGAUGCUUGCUGCCCUUCUUCCUUAGUCGAGGCUUGAUAUUGGGGUUGGCUCCCUGCUCGAUGAGAUCGGUCACGUGCUGUGCGCUGGGAAUGGUGCGGCCGAUGACGCCCAAUCCCAGCGACUUGGUAACGUCGCUGGUGCCGUAAGGGAAUCGAGCCUCCAGCUCCUCGGCUCCCAAGAAGCCGUCUGGCACGUCGACUGAGGUGAUUGGCACCACCGGGUGACCUGGGGCGACAAACACAGCCAUCAGACGACGCACACCGACAACGAAUGCAUGUAUGGGCCCGCACCUCCCUCUCAUCUGUCUGUCUGUCUGUCUGUCUGUCUGGCGUACCUUCCUCCUCAUAGCCAUCGUCAUGACCGUCGCUGUCUGAGUUAUUGUCGUUGUCCCCCUCACUGUAAUCGAUCUCGUCGUCUUGGUCUUGGUCUUCGUCCAGCACCCCUCCGUCGUCACUGUCGUCCUGCAUACCACCGCCCUGACACAGCGACACAGAGGCAACGGGAGAACAGCCAGGUGACGAGCGUCACAUGGACGGACAGAGAGUCCAUGAAUUAAUGCCUCACCGAUUCGCUCCCAUCGGCCAUCCCACCGCCCUCCUCACUGUCUCCACCUGAACACAAUCAACCACAGGCACACACAUCGACACAAAUCAAGUGCUGCGGCGUUCGGUGCUGACCGUCAGGCUCAUCGCCGCUCUGGAGUUGCUGCACGGCGUCGACGUCCAUCGGGGGCUCCGCGGUGCCCUGCUGCUGCUGCUCAGCUGCUGGUUGUCGUGCGGCCAUGAGCGGGGCUCUGUGUGCACACAGAGAGAGGGCCUCACUGCCGCCACUUGACGACCUGACAGUGACACACACACAAUGAGAAAUGAGGGCCCUUCCUCCACCGACGACGCCCUUGCUCCUUGCCGCCUGCCCACGUACCUUCUCGUGUCCUCUUCGGACGCCCUGGCCCUCACCUCACACAGAUACGCACAGAUCUGCCGCCCUGGACCCACGAGUCACGAUAAGACGGAAAUUUGGGGAUGCCCGUGGUGUGUUGAGGUGCCUGAACGCUCCACUGGCGGGGAUCUCUGCCCAUCCCCCGCGCACUUCUUAGCUCGCCCUGUAGGGUGUAGGGUUCAAACCCUAACCCGGGACUGCCCAGGCAUGUUUGUGAUUCUGGAGCGUUCCUUAGGAACCUUGGGUUCCUUGGGUUCCUCUGUGCGUGUGGAGCGUGCGUGGUUUGAUUGUGCGUGAAACCGCUCUCUCUCUCUACGUGUGCGGAGAGAGGACAGGGAGAGCUCUCUUUUGCUGUCUGUCUUUCGCAUACACCCUGUCUACCAUCAGACUCAGACCGCUUGCCUGCUUGAUUUGACAACCAUCUGUCGGCACUUGCAGUGCUACAUCUUUUCCUUGAUUCAUCUCGUGAGUCACUUCUCGCUGCUGGUCCAGGGGCAGCGGCAGACUGAGUUCACAGACCCGUUGUCCAGACUCGGAUCAACGCGUGGCUUAGCCGCUGUUAUCCGACGGUAAGUGGGGAUGCGAUUGACUCAUCACGAGCCGCCACGUGAUUCGCUGCUGCCUCUGUGUGCUCGUGACGUGACACUGUGUUGUGCAGGUCUCCUCAUCGGCGGGACGGACCGAUUGGUAGUUUGCGUCUGCGUACUUAAUCGACACACGAUAGGUGGGCAAGCACAGACACAAAGCUUCCACCAAGUGCAGUGUGUCCAUCUAUCGAAUGGCUUUCUCUGUG